AUGUCUACUCCUACUAGCAACUUCAAAGAAUCUGUCACUUUGCCAUCACAUGGCAGCCGUUAUUCAGAAAUAACCGGCCAAACUCAAACUACUGAUGAAGGCAUUAAUACCCCAAUUAAAUCACACGCUCCAUGCGAGUCUGAAGCUUCCAAUCAACCACAGGAUCCAGUUAUUCAAGUCAAACUCGAGCCUGAAUCAACCAUCGAGCCUGAACCAGCAGCAUCAGCUCAACCAAGCCGCAUUCAGCCUUUAGAUUCGCCUCCUCCUGUAAUAAAAGUGGAGCCUGAAUCACCAAUUCAAACACACAUGGAACCAGAUUCAUGCAGCCAAAGAUUUUAUUCGCCUGUGCACAGAACCGUUACUGGGCUUCAAUCUCCCAUCGAGGAUGAUCAUGUCAAAUUUGUAUACCCCACUUCGGAUCGUAUUGCUUUAUCUUCAACUACAGGAACAGAACGCACAUCCCAUAAUCAACUGGAACAUCCAACACAUAGCCAAAAGGAGCCUCGAUCAAGUAAUCAACUGGUAAAUCCACCUCUUGAGCUCCCAUCAGUUUCUCAAUUGGCAUCAUCCACAUUCAUGCCUGCACGAUUAGGAUUUCCACCGCUUGGUCUUUUCCCUCGUCCAAACCUGAUUAAUCCUAAACCUGGGGUAUUAACUCAUCUUCAACCUGAUUUGGUUUCUCGAUCUAAGCCCGGUUUGCUUCCUAAAUUUGGAACUCCAUCCACUUCUCAAGCGAAAUUCAAUGCAUUUUCUCCUAAUGAACUACCCGUUCAAAAGGUGUUAGAUCCUGUGUCAUGUUCUGAACCGUCUCCAACUCCAAGCAGAAAUCCUUUUAAGCUUCCCGCACCUGCCAAAGCAAGAAAAAAGAAGGUCUCAUCUAGCCAUGCUGCAUCUCUCCUUAUGGAUAUGGAGUUUAGUAUCCCAGGAAAAACUACCAUAACUGAGCCUGUUAAACAGGUCUCUGAAGCGUCUCUCGAUCUGGUUGAUCGUGUGUCUGCCGAAUCGCCUUCCAAAAAGAAUGUUGUGAUUGAUGCUGAUAAGAUCUAUGCCAAGUCUGCUGCUGGUGAUAUUGAUGUUAAGUCUGCUACCGAAAAAGCUACCGGUAAUCCUACUGUCGAAAGCCUUGCCAUCAAACAGGUCACUGCAAUUCCUUCUGAAAAUCCUGUGUACAACCCCGGCCAAUCACCUGGUGAAGCACCCACUGUAGCUCCCAUUGUAGCUCCCAUUGUAGCUCCCACUGUAGCUCCCACUGUAGCUCCCAUUGUAGCUCCCAUUGUAGCUCCCACUGUAGCUCCCACUGUAGCUCCCACUGUAGCUCCCACUGUAGCUCCCACUGUAGAACCAACUGUAGAACCCACUGUAGAACCCACUGUAGCACCUAUUGCCGAAGUACCCGGGGAAGUACCCGUGGAAGUACCCGUGGAAGUACCCGUGGAAGUACCCGUGGAAGUACCCGUGGAAGUACCUGUAGAAGUACCCGUGGAAUUACCUGUAGAAGUUUCUGUGGAAGUACCUGUGGAAUUACCUGUGCGAGAGAAGGGCCGCAGGGGUAGAAAACCCACGACAAAAUCCAAUCUUGAAGGCGUGUCAAAGGCAUCAAAAUCAGCAAUAAAAAAGAAGAUAACCAAGGCUACUGAAUCUGGAGAGUCAUAUAAUACUCCCACGAUCAAGAAAUCGAAACGUCUAGCAGAUAAGCAAGCUUUUGGCAAGGACGUUUCUGUUGGUCAUUCUCGACGCGAUGCUAAUGAUGAGUAUUUACCCAGUAAGGAUGAUCAGCCCGCCUUUGAGACUUUGGCUAGUGGCAGAAAGAAAAGAGCGGCUACAACAUCUGUCUCCUACAAGGAUCACGAUCUGGAUGAAAUCGAGGAGGAUGCGCCAAGGAAGAAGCGUGGGAAGAAAAUAAUUUCGAAGACUAAAGAAGCAUCGGCAAGCUCUUUAAAACCAGCAAAGGCUGUUGUUGCAAGAUCGAAAAUCGAAACUUCCAAGCCUGUCCAAACUCAAAAGGCAUCCGAUAAUCAAGACAAUAAGCUUAAACGACUAUUGCAAAGCAAGGACAGCAAUUUGGUCCAAGCAGACUUUAGGCAAUUGAUCCCGGAAUGGCUGGCUGCUUUUUCAGAAAAGGAUAAGCAAGAGCUUGCCUUGCUCCUUCCCGAGGCUGAUCAAGUCCUUAAGAAAAACAACGUUACGAUUAGGUCUGACUUUGGAAAAGUGUCUACCAAUCAUUGCUUUGAAGCUGCAGAAAGAUGGCAGGAUAUUUUGUUCUUGGGUGGCUUCGAUCAAGAGUACAAGUCUGAAACUGUAAAUGCUGAGGAUGACAGCUUUAAAGACGACAAUUACGAACAGCAUUGGGGCGAUCGCAUAAAAGAAUUUAAUGAGGAAAAGCGAAAGCGUGAAGACACCGAUAUUGGCCGCCAAAACGUAAAGAAAGCCAAAGGAAAGGGCAAGUCCUCGUGGUAA